CUUGCCUUAUGUCCUGCCCAACUCUCGACAUUGGCCGGAAUCAGAGGGAAGCAGCAGGCUUGGUCCUAGGCGUUUUUGUUUGUUUGUUGGGCUGUCCUUUGUCUCUGGUGGAUUUGGAUGCAAAAGAAGAUGAAAAAGGAAGGCUCCUUCAGACUGAAGCCCAAAGCUGCUUCUCUCUCACGUGCUGUGAGUUGGAUAAAUUUCUCCUCCUUGUCCAGGCAGACAAAGAGGCUGUUCCGCAGUGAUGGGGAGCUCUCGGUGGGCGAGCAGCAGGUGGGAGCUGACGAUGAGAACUGGAGAUACAGAACCCAGCCCCGGAAAGCGGUUUCCAACCUAGACGAGGAGAGUCGAUGGACAGUGCACUAUACUGCCCCAUGGCACCAGCAGGAAAAUGUGUUCCUUCCUUCCACUAGACCCCCAUGUGUUGAGGACCUGCACCGCCAAGCCAAGCUCAACCUCAAAUCAGUGUUGAGGGAAUGUGAUAAACUGAGGCGCGAUGGGUACCGAAGCUCUCAGUACUACUCUCAGGGACCCACCUUUGCGGCCAGCUCCAGCCCGCUCAGCGACGAUGACCAGGAUGGCGAUGCUGACACCGAUCACAAGUAUCCUCUGUCUUCGUCAGAGGAGGAGAGGCACAUUUCCAUCCGGCGACCUAAAACACCAACCUCAGGUGACUUCUCCGACCUCAAUACACAGACCAACUGGACCAGGUCACUUCCACUGCCAACACCAGAAGAGAAGAUGCGGCAGCAAGCACAGACAGUCCAGGCUGAUGUGGUUCCCAUUAACAUAACCGCGUCAGGCACUAGCCAAGAGGAUGUGGGUGACCGCUCUGUGUAUGGCGGGGACCAUUACUCCACCCUGGGAAGGCUUAACGGCUACCACCCUGCUGGGCAGCGCUCGGAGACCCGGGACUCCAGCUGCCAGACCGAGGACGUGAAGGUCGUGCCACCUUCCGUGAGAAGAAUCAGGGCAUAUAAGGGGCAAGGCAUCGCAGCCCAGAUGAGCCACUUCUCCGGCUCUUCUGGCAACAUGUCUGUGCUGAGUGACUCGGCUGGAGUGGUGUUCCCCUCUCGCCUGGACGGCGAUGCUGGCUUCCACAGCCUCCCACGCUCUGCGGUAAGGACGCGCCUUCAGUCACUAGGUGCCUUGGGCCCUGCCGAUGAAGUGGAUGGCACUUUACCCUACCAGAGGGGUCGUUUACAAGGAGACGAGAACCUGGCUUCUGUGGGAGGGCUCUCUAGGACUGGCAUGCUUCUAAGACCCCGAUCUGAAGAGUUGCGGCCCUUUGAGAGUGAAAAUUUGACGAGUCCUGCGUGUGUGGUCUCUCCCCAUGCCACCUACUCCACCAGCAUCAUCCCAAACGCCACUCUCUCCUCCUCCUCCGAGAUCAUGGUUCUUCAUACUGCUCAGAGUGCAGGGCAGCUAGACGGUAAAAUGACCAGCUCAUCCCCGUACCUGAAGGUCACUCCCCGUGACCACUUCACCACCAGGCGUGCUGCCAGGGAUGGACACCAGCGUCCGGGUGAUCACUGGAGUGACCGCUCCCCAACCAUCCUUUCCCAAGCCUUUGACACCCAAGGCCCCGGGGUGUCACUCUGUGAUCCAGAAGUGCCUCUGGGUAACCCAGCUCAUAGGGAAAAUGGCUCCCACAUCCUACCCUACCACUGUAGAAAUAACCUCAGUUUCCCAGGCCACACCCAGGAUAUGGAUGGCAAGAGCGAGUCUAGCUCCUCGGGGGGCAGAGCUUCAGGGCCUGAACACGCUUCUCCGCUGAAGCCACAUCCAACCACCCCGGGUCACUCCUCUCCCACCAGUAACGUGAGCAGCUGCAGCCUGGACCAGACAUCCAACAGAGAGGACGGCAGCUCGGUGUAUUCGGAGGAGCACAACUGCUACCCACUGCGGCGCACAGACUCUGCGCUCGGGUCCAGCCACGUGGGCAGCGGAGCCGAUGGCUUCGGGAACCCGAGGCACAGUGUGGUAAACGUUUUCGAUGGUGGAAGACCUCCAAGAAUCCAAGGUGACCGGCCAAACGACCACGACAAAUCCCUUUCGAGAAACAUCUCUCUGAGGAAGGCCAAGAAACCUCCCCUACCACCCUCCCGGACAGACUCCCUCCGCAGGGUACCCAAGAAGAACGGCCAGUCUAACGGGCAGGUGCUCAACCAGAGUCUGAUCGCCACACUCCAGCACUCGCUGCAGCUGAACCUGCCGCCCGGCCCGGGUGGUGCUGGCGGCGGCAGCUCGCCCUCGCACAGCCCCUGCAGUGACCUGGAAGAGUCGUGGCUGCCACGCUCGCGGAGCCAGAGCACGGUCAGCGCCGGCAGCAGCCUCACCUCCGCCACCACAGCCAACAUUUCCUCUAUGGGUGGUGCCACACCUGCGCCAAGUGACACGAGCAGCGUCAAGUCCGAGUAUGCCGACCCGUGGUGCUACUACAUCGACUACACUGGCCUUCAGGAGGACGCGGCUGGCCCCGGAGUGCCCGGAGCCAAUGGUCCAGUCCGCCAGGGCCCUGAUGGAGCCAGGGCUGCCAUGCCACCACCAGGGCCCGGGACUGCAGUCAAACAGAAGGUGCCAUCGCCAGAGAAGUGCCACCGGGUCACUUCGCCAUCCAGUGGGUAUUCCAGCCAGUCCAACACACCCACCACACUCACCCCAGUGCCUGUGUUUCUGAAGUCGGCAUCACCAGCCAAUGGGAAGGGGAAGGCCAAGCCCAAGGUACCAGAAAGGAAGUCCUCCUUGAUCUCAUCCAUGUCCAUUUCCUCCUCGUCCACCUCCCUCUCCUCCAAUGCCUCCAAUGAGGGCAGUGGCACCGUGAAGCGGCUGGAGCCGGCCCUGGCCUCACCCCCUGCACUGCCGCCUCAUCAGGCUGACCAGUCUCUCCUUCUCCCUCCGCCUCCAACCGAUGGCUCCCAGGAGCCCCCUUUGCCUCUCUCCCCCAUGUUCCCGCCUCCGCCGCCGGAAGCCCUCAUGCCCUGCUGCUCCUCAACCUCCUACGGGAUCCUCCCUCCACCUCCACCACCACUCAGUCCCCUGCUCCCAGGCACCUCUGCUUCCCUGCCAUUGCCCCCACCAGCCCCCCCUCUUGACCCCAAAUUCAUGAGGGACCCCAGGCCCUCCGGCCGACCUGAGCCCUCCCGGGAGGCCAUGAAAUCGCCUUCCAGCAGGGAAGAAGGCAGCAGGCCCCCCAUACCGCUGAUCACCACCGAGGCGCUGCAGAUGGUGCAGCUGAGGCCAGUGAGGCGGCACCCCAGCACCAAGGUGGCAGCAUCACCCGAGUGCGCAGCUCAGGAACAAGGAACCCCAGCCUCUCCGCCGUACCACUUAAAGCCAUCUGCCGUUCUGAAAGCCCGAAAUAGCAUAAAUGAGAUGGAGAGCGAAAGCCAGCCUGCCUCUGAGACGAGCUCGCUUCCGACGCCUGCCAGGAGCUCCAGUCUGGGUGACCAUGACCAACUAACCGAGCGAGGCGACCCUACACAGCACAGCCCAGGAGCUCUGUACUCCGGAGCGGGCCAGGCAGGGGCUCAGCACGGCCCAGGGCCCACCCCCCUCCCAGACUCUUCUCCCAGCAGGAAGCCGCCCCCUAUUUCCAAGAAGCCCAAACUGUUCCUUGUGGUGCCACCUCCGCAGAGAGACUGCGCCGCCCAGCCUGCAGAGAACGUGAGCCCCGCCUUCCCAGCCUCCCCCAGCCCCAGCAGGGCCGAGGAGGGCUCUGUGCACAGCCAAGGAACCGGAGAGAUUUCGGGGACCCUUGUCGGCUCUCAUGUGCCCAGCCCGGGCAGCUCGCUGGCAGAGACAGGAGCUGCAGGAGUUGUGUGCCCCAGCAAAGUGGAAACUGAUGUCCCCAUGGUACAGCCCAAUUCCUCACCAACUCUCAAGCAGGAUGAGCCAGCAGAGAGUAAUACAGAUGAUGGGGGCAACGCGGAGAGCUGCCUCUCUCAACAGGACCAAGAAGCUGUGGUUCCAGAUGCCAGCCCAUCCUGUGCUGCCUCGGAGAUCUUUGACCCCACUAAGGAAGAGGGCAGUGAUGAGGUGAUGACCCCCAGCCGGCCCAGGACCACCGAAGACCUUUUCGCAGCUAUUCACAGAUCCAAAAGGAAAGUCCUUGGGCGCAAAGAUUCAGACGAGGAGCACUCCCGAAACCACUCCCCAUCUCCGCCCGUGACGCCCACCGGCUCUGCCCCCAGCUUGUCCUCCCCCAAGCAAGUGGGAUCCAUUCAGAGAAGCGUCCGAAAGAGCAGCACCAGCAGCGACAACUUCAAAGCCUUGCUGCUGAGAAAGGGCAGUCGUUCCGACACGGGCGCCCGCAUGUCUGCAGCGGAGAUGCUCAAGCACACCGACCCCAGGUUCCAGAGGUCCAGGUCGGAGCCCGCGCCCGACACCCCUGAGAGCCCAUCCAGCUGCUCUCCAAGCAAGAACAGAAGGGCUCAAGAGGAGUGGGCCAAGAACGAAGGCCUCAUGCCUCGGAGCUUGUCCUUCUCCGGCACCAGGUACGGGCGCAGCAGAGCGCCGCCCUCGGCAGCCAGCAGCAGGUACAGCGUUCGGAACCGGAUUCAGAGCAGCCCCAUGACCGUCAUCUCGGAGGGAGAGGGAGAAGGCCUGGAGAUCGCGGACCCCAGAGCUCGCCACCCCCUGGGUACUGCGAAGGGACACUCCUUGGACGGACUGACAGGGGAUGCGAUGGACCAGGGGGGCCUGGCCCGAGGCGUAGAACCUACAGAUGGGACAGCAGGUGCAGAGGGUGGGGGUCCACCAGAUCGGCGGGAGGAGAGUUAGGGAGA